GGACCCAGUCGUGUAAAUCUAUGAAGGACAGGAGAAAGAUUCCAUUGAAUGAGAGGACCACAAUAAAAUUUAAGUUCAAAAAUAGCAGGAAGUGCUCGGGCACAUCAAUUAGCCCUUGGAAUGAGGGAGUUGAGAAAAUAGCUCUUUGGUUUGGUGUUAACCAUGAUGAAAAACAUGACAAGAAAAAGAGAUCUGGGCAAAUUCUUGGGGAAACUAUGGAUAAUUCACAGGGCAUCACGUGUGUAAAUUAGGCAUGAUUGAUUUAGACUUUGUAUACUUGUUUAGGGAACUGGCAGCUGCUACUUUUUCAAGAGUAGCGCUAGUCAAAGAGAGUUUUUUUCUAUUUGAUCUUUACAGAUUUCCGAAGGGGUAUUUUUCCAACUUCACAAGAUCUAGAGUUUUUGCUCCUAAAAGUGAGGUUCCAAAUAUCUUUGAAAGGACUCUUGUUGGAGCCAAACGUGCCACAGUCACCUUAUCAAUUAUUUCAUUUAGUCAAACACCGUGCUUAACAGAUAUGUAUAGACUGUUCAUUGGGUUGAAAGAUCUUAAUUUCAUUGCUCAACGGAAAGAACAAAAGACAGAGAAGUUUGCCUGAAUUUCUUUGGACAUUAUUUUAUGACUUUACUGUAAGUACCAAGUACACAUUGAUAAUUACUUGAAUAAUUAUCUGGCUUACUGCUUGUGAAUUGAUGGAAGAAAGGUUAUUUGUUGAA